AUGGCGAACACAUCGACAUUCAACUCGCUACCAAGACGAUCCAAUCUGACAUUCCAAAGAAAUACGCCGGCACGACGAUCGGCUGGGCCAUUAGAGAGUCACAUCGAGUAUUUUGUGCCGCGCAGCGUAAGCGAAUUUAAUUUGGCGGGCGUUGGUGAUAUCGCAUUGCCAAUGCAAAUGCCACAACAACAAAGACGUUCGCCUCCGCCGUCGAUUCUCUCGCACACCCGAUCAACGGGCACAAUUAUGAUUCCCAUACAAGAGAUGCAACAUCAGCAUCAUCAACAGCAACAUCAGCAACAACAACAGCAACAAAUGCACGCAAUGAGCUCAGCCCAAUCCGCGUUGCCACCAAUAAAACCUCGCGAAAAAAUGGUUACAUUUGAAGAUGAAACAAAGUGCCCGCACGGCGUACCAACCACACCACGUAAAACCAUGCCAAUGACUGGCGUUAAUGAUGUAUUUAUGUGA